CAAUCAAUUUCAAGCUCAAUUAGUAUUCAGUAAUCACCAAGAACAUGGAAAAGACGGUGAAACUUUUGCUCUGUGCACUGGGCAUUUUGUUGGCGGUCGAGGCGUCACUUUUUCCCGCCGAUCCGAUUUUCGAUGAAACGAUUAGGAAUCUGAAUCUGAAUGGGAAUAAGUUCGAAAAAGUUCUUGGUGGCAUGCCCGCCGAAGAGAACGAAUUUCCUUAUCAGGUGGCCAUAAUUUCCACAAACUUCACAGACUAUGAUGGUUUUUGCGGCGGAUCUUUGAUUUCCAGCCGCCACGUGAUCACGGCAGCCCAUUGCAUUGCAAGCUUUGUAGCGUCUAGUGUGAUUGUGGGCACGAACCAACCUCUGAACCACAGCAGCCCUGGCUAUCUUGAAGUUUUUGACACCAUCAGGACACCUCAUCCUAAGUAUGAUAGCGGCUUGCUCGAUUACGAUAUAGCCCUUUUGACUUUAGCCCGAGACGUUCCUCUUGGAGAAAAUAUUCAGCCUGUCUUGUUACCUCGAUUGAACACUAAUUUAAAUUUGGAUGGACGAACUGGACUUCUCACUGGCUGGGGGAAGAUCAAUGACGAUCCCAACGGCUACUUAAGUGACGAUUUGCUCAAAGUCAAUGUGCCCAUUGUCAACAACCAAAAUUGUGUUAACGCCUACGGACCCAUUUAUUUGAAUGAGCGGAAAGUCUGCGUUGCCACUCAGGGCGGCACCGUUGGUCCAUGCCUUGGCGAUUCCGGUGGCCCUUUGGUUGUGUUUGAUUCUGAGUUUGGCGAAACUGUUCAAGUGGGACUUGUGUCCUUUGGUGCUGCACAGGGGUGCACGGUGGGAUUUCCAACUGUAUUCACCAGACUCACAAGCUACAUUCAGUGGAUUGCAGACAAUGGUGGCCCUGCUGUCCGGAUAUAAUGAAAGUGAUACAAUACUUCAUAUUAAAGGUCUAAAAUUGAAUCGAUAAACAAGCACAAUAAAAUAAAAAAAUUCAGUAGUUUUUAAUAUUUUUAGCGAAAAUAAUUCAUAUUCUCAAUAUUAAGUAAAUCGUAAUUAAAAAAUAAAUAGUUGAUUAAUUUUUAUUUUAUUUUUUCUUUUAUUGUAUGAAUUUUUUAUAAAUAAUUAUAAGUCUUUUAAGAUAAGAUUAGAAAUUAAUGUAGGAAUUAUUCGUUUCACGCAAAU